AUGUUAGGAAAGUGCUGGUUCGUUCUCAAAUCGCCCUUCCCUGCUCCGACCUUGCCGCCGGAGGGAGUAGGGCAGGCCAGGGGCCCAUGCUGCCCUGGGAACCUGGUUCCGGAUCUCAAAAGGCUCAAUUUCGUGAUCAACAGCCACCCGGGGCCUACAAAAUAUCCCACGGACGCGCCGCUGUGGCAGGUGAAAAGGUGGGAUUUCAAAUGGAAGCAAACCAACAGCAACUACACCUCGGUAUCUGCCAAAGCAGUAACGCCACUCGAGGGCGUCGGGGCUGAGGUUGCCAUCCAAUUCCAAAACUCUAUAUCCAACCACUGGAGAUUUGACUGCCUGGAAACCUUCGAGCUGCAGCUGUCAUCCUCCUAUCUCCAGGAUUCGCUGGAAACGCCAGCGGUCGCUAAAUACAUCGAAGACCACAAGUCCCCGGUUGGGGUGUGGUCCAUGUUCAUGGUUACAGGGAUUAUGGUCGCCCGUGGAGCGAACAAGGAAUCUUCCAAAAACAAGGAGUUCGGCGUCCAGGGAACGCCUCAAGUCGAAAUACCGGAACUGGGUGGCGUCGGUGGAAAUAUCGAUUUACAACACACAUCCUUGGAUGGGCAGGACUUGGGCUACCGGCAAGAUGAUCCAUUCGUGUGGGCUAUCAAGCUGGAAAAAAUCACCAAGGGGGUUUUUGACAGGAAGUGGCGGUCCAAGUCAUACACCAAAGGCUCGCAAUUCGGAAUCGGCGGCCACGAGGAAACACAGGAGGAAAUGCUGGAAAAGCUGGCCGAAGAGGGGCUGGGAAAGGUUCAGCUGUCUUGGCUUGACGGUGGUGGCGGCGACGACGGCGACACGCCCCUCGUCAUUUGGGAAUGA